AUGGAGAAUGUUGCGGAUGCAGGGGUGGCCAUCGACUUCAUCCCCCGCCGUGCACAGUGGUCGCAGGCUGCCCGAGAAGACAUUGCAAGAAGGUGCAACAAUGUAGGAUGCCUCAAGGGCCUAACGUACCGCUGCGGGCGUUUUGACUGGACGGACAGGAGGGGGAUGUUCAAGGUCGACUACCUCCCAUUCCGCUCUCCCUACUCCACCCAGACGUUUGACAGCCUCAGGCUGAUACCCCAAGAUGUCACGUGGAGGAUGAUUGUAGAGAUGCUCAAGGUGUUGGAGUGCUGCGGCCACACCGUCCUGGCUACCAAGGGCUUCAGGGAGAUUGAAGGAGAAAUGACCAUCGGUCGCAAGGUCGAGCUAUAUGUCUUGUCGUACGGACAAUCUCUCCGUUUACCCACCAGAAUAGAGGACGACUAUGCGGACGUGGAGGACUGUUGCUGCCUGCUCCGUCACUUCUUCGAGCCGCCGCUGUUCCGACUCGUGUUCCAGUGCUUUGUUGCAUACUGGGCUGCCGGAGACGUGCAAUAUGCGGCAAUCGCAGUUGUCCUCUUCAAUCUUGCGAACAACCUCCUGAGGAGCAAAGAGGAACGGAAAAUUGCACCAAUCUUCUAA